AUGGUAAUUGAGAAGAAUGAGAAUCAGAAGAAGAUGGAUCAUGAUUUAUUGAAAGAUUCUGAUUCUGAUGUUGUUGAUGUUGUUGUUGAUGUUGAUGUGGAUGAUAUUGAUGUGGAUGAUGGAGAUGAUGACGAAGGAGAUGGAGAUGGUAAUAUUCGAGGAAGCAAAUUAUGGGAAAUAGUGCUAAUAGGUGGUAAGGUAGGUAAAGUAGUCAUAUUUGAUAUUAUUGGUGGUGACGGUGGUGGCGGUGAUAACGAAGAUGAAAUAUUUUCUAAUUCUAUCGAUUCUUGUGAUGAUGAAGAAGUAGAUAUUGAAAUAGGUUUAGUAAGAAGAAGGGAGUUUUUAGGUGUAAUAUAA